UUUUUCUCCCAUGUCUGAAUCUAUUCCCAUCCAUCCCGUUGCACCGCGUCUCGCAAAUGGCCACAAACUACCCCAUGUUGGUCCCCAUGUCGAGGCAUACAGAGCCGCCCACAAAGAGACCAUAGGCCACGAGAGUGAUAGUUGGUGGGCUAAGAUGGCUCGCCAAACUUUGCAUUGGGACCGCCCUUUCCAUACCGUUCGCGCUGGAGGCUUCGAGACUGGCGACAUCGUUUGGUUCCCCGAGGGCGGGCUGAAUGCUUCCUACAACUGUGUCGACCGCUGGGCGUUCAAGCACCCGGACAAGACGGCUAUCAUUUACGAAGCCGACGAGCCAGGUGAGGGACGUAAUGUCUCGUAUUCCGAGCUCCUCCGCGAAGUCUGUUCGGUCGCAAACGUUCUCAAAUCGUUCGGCGUCAAGAAGGGCGACACUGUAUCCAUCUACCUUCCUAUGACCUGGCAUGCUAUCGCUGCCUUCCUCGCUUGCGCCCGUAUCGGCGCCGUUCACUCUGUCAUCUUUGCUGGUUUCUCCUCCGAGUCUCUUCGCGACCGUGUGCAGGACUGCCGUUCGCGUGUCCUGAUUACUAGUGACGAGGGAAAGCGUGGAGGAAAGACCAUUGCUACCAAAGCCAUCGUCGACGCCGCCUUGAAGGAGUGCCCCGAUGUCGAGCACGUCUUGGUUCUCAGGAGGACCGGUAACGACGUUCAGCUCACUCCAGGUCGCGACAAGUGGUGGCACGAGGAGAUUGCCCGGGUUCCCAACUACUGCCCUCCUGAAGUCAUGUCGAGCGAAGAUCCGUUGUUCAUUCUCUAUACUUCAGGCUCAACUGGUAAGCCCAAGGGUGUCGUUCACACUACCGGUGGAUACCUCCUGUGCGCAGCAAUGACCGUCAAAUACGUCUUCGACGUUCACCCCGACGACAAGUUCGCCUGCAUGGCUGACAUUGGCUGGAUCACUGGACAUACGUACAUCACCUAUGGUCCCCUUCUAAAUGGAGUCUCGACCACCGUCUUCGAAAGUACGCCUGUUUACCCGACGCCAUCAAGAUAUUGGCAAACCGUUGAAAAGCAUGGACUGACGCAAUUCUAUUCCGCUCCUACCGCUAUCCGACUUCUCCGCAGAUUAGGUGCCCACCACGUGGAAGGGCAUGAUUUGUCGACCUUGAGAGUAUUGGGUUCUGUUGGGGAGCCGAUUAACCCGGAGGCAUGGAAUUGGUAUAACGAGGAGGUCGGCAAGAGACAGUGCGCCAUCGUCGACACCUUCUGGCAAACUGAGACAGGCAGUAUUGUCGUAACGCCAUUCCCUGGCGCCAUCGAGACUAAGCCCGGUAGCGCUACUGUUCCCUUCUUUGGUAUUGACCCUGUCAUUCUUGAUCCUGUCAGCGGAAAGGAGCUCGAAGGCAACGAUGUCGAGGGCGUUCUGGCUCUCGCGACUCCAUGGCCAUCAAUCGCUCGUACUAUCUACGGCGACCACAAGCGCUAUCUCGAGACGUAUAUGAAACCUUAUCCUGGCUUGUUCUAUACUGGAGAUGGAGCUGCUCGUGAUGAGCAUGGUUAUAUUUGGAUUAAGGGCCGUAUUGAUGAUGUUAUUAAUGUUUCUGGCCAUCGUCUCUCAACGGCUGAGAUCGAGAGCGCCCUUAUCAUGCACAAGGGUGUCGCUGAGACUGCCGUCAUCGGUACCGCCGACGAGCUCACUGGCCAGGCUGUGUACGCCUUCGUCACCCUGAAGCCCGAAUUCGCCUAUGACCCCUCAAACGAGCCUGCCUUCACCAAGGAGCUAGUCCUCCAGGUCAGGAAAGUGAUUGGACCCUUUGCAGCGCCGAAGAAGAUCUAUAUUGUCAGUGACCUACCCAAAACUCGCAGUGGGAAGAUCAUGCGCCGUAUCAUGCGGAAGAUUGUGGCGGGCGAGGGUGAUCAGCUGGGUGAUCUGAGUACGGUGGCCGAGCCUGGUGUAGUGGAUAUCAUUAAGAAGAAGGUUGCGGAGUCUGCUUGAGUUUGACAUGGUUGGGACCUAGGGCAAGGAAGGAACGUUUUUUAUAUGAUUUUUGUUUGUAUAAUCAGACUGUACACUAUGCUUUAAAAUUUAUUAUUCCCUACAAUACCCCGGGGGUUAACGUUCUGAUAAGAGAC